UGACUGCACUGCCUGUGGCAAUUCCUGGUUUAGAUUACAUCAGAGGGUCAUUUUCUGGGACCCACCUUCUUACUCUUAAAUAGUCAAGCCCUUGACAGCUGCUGUGCUUGUUACAAGGGAAUGAGAACAUCAAAACCUUUAGCUUUUUCUUUUGGAUUACCCGUGAACCAUGUCUGGUUUCAAUAUGAAGGCUGCCCUCACAGUUCUUCUGUUAGCUGCAAUAGAUGCCACUGAUUCAAAAAACAUUCAUAGUCGUCAGAAACGAGCCUGGAUCAUUGAUUCAUUUUCCAUUGAGGAGGAAAAUCCAGGUCCUUUUCCAUAUACUCUGGGGACUAUUCAACUGGACCGUACAUAUCUCGUAACAUUUGAUUUGCUUGGCAGUGGGGUCAAUGAAGACCCAAAGGGAAUCCUUCGAAUUAAUCAACACACUGGUGUCAUUACUGUGUUGGGACCUGUAGAUUAUGAGCAAUACGAUAAACUGAAGCUAACAUUUCAGGCUCAAAAUGUUACCAAUGGUGCUGUGGAUACCCGGCUUGGCGUUGAGAUCUCAAUUUUGGACAUAAAUGACCACCCACCAACUUUUCAACAGGAACAUUAUGAAAUUACUAUUAAAGAAUCUAUGGCUCAAGGGAGCACUCUGAUUGUUCUAUCAGCCAGAGAUGAUGAUAAGCCAAACACCAAAAAUUCAACUUUCUCCUAUAGAAUUGCUUCAGUUAUUCCCAAAGAAACAGAUGCAGAAUUCUACAUUGAUACUCAUGGCAAGAUUUCCUUCAAAGGAUGCUUGGACUAUGAGAAAGCCCACCAAUACACCAUCAUUGUUGAAGCAAAAGACCAAGGCGAAAAAGUGCGUCUCUCAAGCUCUGCAACGGUUGUUUUAAAUCUGGAAGAUGAUAACAACAAUCUCCCAGUCCUUCUUAAUCAAAAAGCUUCUGGUAAAGUGAAGGAGAGAGAUGAAGGAGUGACAGUUCUCAGAAUACAGGUAAAUGACAAAGACACAAAGCCCACUCCUGCCUGGAAAGCAAAAUACAGCAUCGAAGGGGACAAAGAUGGAAAUUUUCAGAUAUUAACUGACCCAGAGACUAAUGAUGGAAUCUUGACUGUUGUGAAGUCUCUGGACUAUGAAAGCGGUAAUCGACGGAACUUGUCGAUCACAGUGAGGAAUGAAGCGGAUUACUUUUCAUGUAUUGUAAAGAAACGUAACCCUACAACACUGUGGGAUGUGGACGUGAAACAUUAUGAUUCCAGUAAAGGACAACUACCACCACUAAUAAAGCAGACAGUGGAUGUCAUCGUAGAAGAUGUCAAUGACCCCCCGGAAUUCACAACUAAAAUUAAAGAUGUUUAUGUGGUGGAAAACACCGAAAUUGGACAUGUAUUGGAGACAUUCACAGCAGUCGACCAAGACGAUAGCUUAUCCAGUGAAUUCGUGUAUGAGAUAGGAAACGACCCAGCGGGAUGGGUAACUGUGGACCCAAAAACUGGUGUAGUUAAAACAAUAAAUAAGGUGGACAGAGAAUCUCCAUACGUUGUGAAUAAUACAUACACAAUAGUUAUACACGCAAUUGAUAAAGGAAAUCCCCCCAUGACAGGCACUGGGACUCUCAAAAUCCACUUAUCAGAUGUGAAUGACAAUACCCCCACUGUGGCAAAUACCACUAUCGACAUGUGUUUGGAGGGUGGACCUUCAAAUACCACUAUUACUGCUAUAGAUAUGGAUGCAGAUCCCUAUUCUGGGCCCUUCCGCUUUCAGCUAAUCAAUGAGAAAGAAAUGAAAGGAAAAUGGAGACUGGAACCUUCUUAUGGGUAUUCUGUCGAUCUCAUCAAGGAAAGUAAUGUUUUCAGCGGCGUGUAUGAAGUGUCUUUGAAAAUCUUUGACAAGCAGGAGCAGUAUUCUGUCCAGAACCUCACUGUGACAGUGUGUGACUGUGUCAGUUCAGGACCACCAAACUGCAGAUUCCGGAAAUCCCCUGCUGCACAGAUGGGAGCCAGUGCCAUAGGGAUCAUCUUUGUGGUUUUAUUUCUAUUCCUUGGGUUAUUGCUUUUGGCAUUAACUUUUGCUGGCGAGAAAGAGAAAUUCAGAUUAAUUAAUGACAAUGCAGGAAACACUUUGCUAACAUCCAACACAGAAACUCCAGGAACUGACUGCAUGGUUCCCCAUACAGGUCAGCAAGUUAACACCACUCAGGUUGAUGCUGUGAAUGGUCAAAACGCAUUUGGUAUAUAUCAACAAUUCCACAGCAAGAAUGCUUAUCAGGUUCCCCAUACAGGUCAGCAAAUCAACACCACUCAGGUUGAUGCUGUGAACGGUCAAAACGCAUUUGGUAUAUAUCAACAAUUCCACAACAAGAAUGCUUAUCAGAGCAUUUACAGAAAUCCAAGUUAUCAAUCAACCAUUAAUCAAUACCAUCAUAAACAUCAUCAACAAAAUCACCAUUAUAUGCGUAAGGGUUCGCAGAGAUCACACACUGGAUCAACAGUUUCAUCAAGAAUGAGAAGCAAUGGCCUUUUCUUCAGAAAAGAGAAACUGCAAACAAUCAUCAAAGAGCAACAGCUUUCAUUACAAAGCAAUGGCAAUGAACUGCAUGACUAUCCCCCUCACAUUUAUGCUGAUGAAGGAGAACCCAUGAGUGACCCAGAACUUGAUCCCAUUUCCAUUGAUGAACAGGAGUUUGUGUCUGACCAGCUCCAUGACCUGGGCCCAAAGUUUAAUGAUCUUGCUGCUACUUGUAUGCCUGUUCCUAAAACACAUUAGGACAAACCGACUGGCGAGGAAAUCAAGACGGCCAACCAGACAGCAGCUCGAUUACAGAUGGAAAUGUCUCAUGUACUUUAACAACAUUAAAUAAAAGUACAGAGGGAUUUUUAUAGACUGUGUAUAGUCAGCAAAAUUGGGAUUGUUCUACUCCACAUCAGUGUUGAAGACACUAAAGGUCUAAAACUGCCAAACAUGGUAGAAAAUCCAAGAAACUGUUUUGUAAGAAUUUGUUUUAAAAUGUUUUGAAAUUCCAUCUCUCAAAAUAAGUUCUAUGUUGCUUGUAGCAAGUGUGUAAUUAAUGAACUGCAAAAGGCAGUGAAGAGUUGGACAGGACAGAGUUGGAGUUAAUGACCUCCAUAAUAUAUAAAAAGUUUAUUACGAGUUAUAAAGUGCACUGAAGUGAAUAAACUCGGUGUUAGACAGCAUUCACUGAAUGCAGUGAAACGUUAGUUUGUAAAAAAUAUUUUUGGCUGGUCUACAAUACAAUAUUACUGGUAUAACGUCAGAAAGGUGAAUUUUGUCAAGAUGUGGUAGAAAACCAUGCUGUGGCAGCCACUCUGUUAAAUUUAUGUAUCAAGAGAAAUCAAUUAAAAAGAAAGAAUAUACAGUACAUGAUAACAUUGAUAAUAAAUUUAUCUACAUUGUUUGCAGUUGUGUUCCAUUUUGAAAGAUGUAAAUGUAUUAUGUAAUUUAUUGUGAAAAUACAUAGAUCCCACCACUUCAAUAGUAUCAUAAUAUUAAUAUCAUAAUAUCCCCUCCUUUUGUAGUUAUUGCUCUAAUUGAAUGAUUGAAUUAAACUGUGCCUUUUAUUAAUUUUGAUUAAAAAAAAUCUCCCAUGUGUUUUCAAUGUUUUAGUAUUUCACAGAACCACUAAAACAGAGUGUUAAACACAUACUUCAGAGAACACAAUUUUUGGUGCUAUAUAGGUGACAUAUUGUGACAUGUCUAUCACUUUCAGAUGACCAGUUACUUUCUGGCAUUACACCACUACAAUAGUGAUUUUCCACCAGAGUUAGUCUUUCCUUAAAAGAAAGUUAAAGGCACUGAAGUCCGAGUGCCUUUCAAAAAGACAGGAAAGCCUUGUAAAAUUAAAAAUGUAAAUGUAGUCUUUUAUUAAUGCUUAUGAAGAUAAAAUUUUGGAAGGUAGCAGGUCUUGUUUUUUGAAAAUAAUAUAUUUUUAUAGAAAAAACAUUCUACAUUAUUUUUUUCGAUACAUUAAAAAUCUCUGCAGCUUAACAAAACCAUGGAAGAUAUGCCACAGCAAAUGGUAUUUAGCAAAUGUGACAGCAAAUGUUAUUGUUUGAGUUUUAAAUUUCCAGAAGUCAUUUUUUAUAUACAGUAUAUGUCUCAGGUAAUUUAAUUUGAACUGUAUACUUCUUUACAGAUCAUUUACCAUUUCCUCAGAUUUUACUUUUGAGGAAAUUUUAUUUAUUCACUUUUGCACUGUGACAGUGGACACAAACAGAAUUUAGCGCAGUCUUGAAACCUGCAUGCCUCUCUUAAUUUAAAUAAAAUUUAAAAUAAUUUAAUUUGGCUUUUGCAAACUGCAUAAAUGCAUCCAAAAACCUUUUGGGGCAAAUAAGCAACUGUAUUGUACUAUGAAAAGAAUAAAAGAAUAGACUUGAUUAAUGAAAAUUGAAAGUUAAUUAUGAAGAACAUUAAUGAAUUGCUACUAAGAUUUUUUGCCAGAUAUAAAUGAUGACUUUUGGUAGCCUAAUAAAUCUUAUCUUUGGUAACUGAAUACAGUAUACUUUGUGUAAGCUGUGAUUUUUAUAUUGAAUUUCAUACAUUCAGAUGCACAAACAUACAUACAGUAUAUACAGAGGUUUCCAAAAUUAUUCAGUUGCCUUCACUUUAACUCAGACAGUGUAGGGUUGCAAAUCCAUCCCAGGAAUGGGUCAAUUGCUUUUUGUAAAGAAUGAUAUAAGUGUGAAGAUUCAUGCACAUCCUAUAGAGGAUGGGGGCUCAGUAGUUAACAUUGCUGCCUUGCAGGACUGGGGCCCUGGGUUCAAUUCCUGCCUUUGUGUGCUACAGUAUCUGUAUGG